AUGGACGACCUCUGGGUGGCGCUGCCCAAGCCGGCGCAGACGGCGUCGUCCGAGUCGCUGCCAGACCGCGUGCGCCGGAUCCGCGUCGACGUGGAGGAGCUCGAGACCUUCUACAGCAUCUCCGUGUCGCCGGGCCGCCACGAGCGCCUGCGCCGCUACUUCUCGGACGAGCUCAAGGCGCUCUUCAGCCUCGACUUUGAGGCCCUCAGCCAGUCGGACAAGGUCGACUUCCUGCUGCUGCGCAACUUCCUGCGGCGCAAGGCGCACCAGCUGUACGCCCAGAAGGAGGCCAACAAGGAGAUCCAGCGGCUGAUCCCCUUUGCCCAGCUCGUCACGGCGCUGUGCGAGGCGCGGCGGGACGUGGACCCCCUGAACAACGAGCGGGUGGCGCAGCAGCUCGACGACAUUGCCCGGCUGGUCAACCAGGUCAGGGAGGGCAUCGACAACGACCGCAUCAAGAUCAGCAAGACGGCGGCGUUCCGGGCGUCCAAGGUGGUGACGGAGCUGCGCGGCCACCUGCACGAGUUCCACGCCUUCUACGCCUCGUACGACCCCAUGUUCGACUGGUGGGCGACGGCGCCGUGGAAGGCGGCCGACGACGCCCUCUCGCACUUCAUCCCGCUCAUCCAGAGCAAGCUGGCGGGCAUGCACCAGGGCGAGACGGGCGACAUCAUCGGCGAGCCCCUGGGCCGCGAGGCGCUGCUGGCGGAGCUCGAGGCGGAGAUGAUCCCCUACACGCCCGAGCAGCUCAUCACGCUGGCCAAGGAGCAGUUCCACUACUGCGAGCUGCAGAUGAAGGCCGCGUCCGAGGAGCUCGGCUACGGCGACAACUGGAAGAAGGCGCUCGACUCGGUCAAGAAGCACGCGGUGCCGCCCGGCGAGCAGACGGGCUUCGUCAAGCGGCUGGUGCGCGAGGGCGCCGCCUUCGUCAAGGAGCACGACCUGGUGACGGUGCCGCCGCUGGCCGAGGAGGCGUCGCGCAUGACCAUGAUGAGCCCCGACAUGCAGCGCGUCGCCCCCUUCUUCCUCGGCGGGCCCCUCAUCAUGGUGGCCUACCCGACGGCCGACAUGCCGCACGAGCUCAAGAAGAUGGUGAUGCGCGGCAACAACCGCCACUUUGCGCGCGCGACGGCCUUCCACGAGAUGAUCCCGGGCCACCGGCUGCAGCUCUUCAUGAGCGAGCGGCACAACAGCCACCGCCAGCUCUUCCGCACGCCCUUCAGCACCGAGGGCUGGGCCAUGUACUGGGAGUACGUCUUCUGGGACCGCGGCGACUUCUUCGAGUCGGCCGAGGACCGCAUCGGCGCCAUGUUCUGGCGCAUGCACCGCUGCGCCCGCAUCGUCUUCUCCGUCAAGUUCCACCUCGGCCUCUUCACGCCCCAGGAGUGCAUCGACCUGCUCGUCGAAUGGGUCGGCCACGAGCGCUCCACCGCCGAGGCCGAGGUCCGCCGCUCCUUCAACGGCGACUACGGGCCGCUCUACCAGGCCGGCUACAUGCUCGGCGCCCUGCAGCUGUUUGAGCUGCGCCGCGAGAUCCUUGAGGGCGGCCACAUGACGGAGAAGGAGUUUAACGACUCGUUCCUCAAGGCAAACUACAUGCCCAUUGAGCUAUUUCGAGCCCUGGUCCUGGGGCUCGAGCUGCAUCCGGAUUACACGCCCAACUGGAAGUUUGCGAAAUAA